CAAAAUGUUGUCCUUACGAAAAGUUAUUUUGAUCAUUGCAUUUGCAACAAUUUCAACUUUCGCACAAGCUGAGUAUUCGGAUGAAGAAAUUGAACGAGGCGAUAAAUAUGUAGAUAAACUCCUGUAUCAGAUGUUCGUUGAUUCAGAUGAGGAAUAUGAUCCAUACAGGAUUGAUGACAGCAGAAUUGGAUUCCACAGACAAGUCGCUUUUGUCAAUGUAAGUGGCGAAGCUAAACUUUAUGAUGGAUAUAUUAAAAAUUUAAAAACCUUGCAUCGUCCAGAACAUUGCAAACUUCGGGAAGAAGGUGAUCGAUUAAAUGUAGCUGCUGAUUUGGGAGCUGGGGUGUUACAUUUUCACUACUCUGGAACUGUUAAAUUCAUGAAUUGGGGUCCAUCGGUUAGCGUCGAAGGCGAAUUAGCUUACAUAGAAGUGCACAUGGAGUUUAGUGUUGAUUCGAAAACUGGCCGCAAAGGAAGACUUGAGAAAUUUGUGAUUGAUGAUAUGCGAGGCAUGGAAACGAGAAUUACAGGUCUAGGGCCUCUGACUUGGGCAAUGUCACCGAUUGUUAAUGGCGUAGCAAAACUUUUUAAGGGAUAUCUUCAGAAUUUCCUGGAGAAGAAAGUAAAAAAUCACUUGGCUAAAUAUAUACCUAACUAUCAGUUUCCUGUUGAAGGAAUAGUUACCGAAAACCCAACGACUGUAACUGAACCAACGGAGCCAGAGCCGGAACCAGAAACAGAAACUCCAGAGCCGGAACCAGAACCAGAAACAGAAAGUCCAGAAACUGAAGAGCCUGUGGAAGAAACAGAAAACCCUAUUGAAGAAGAUGAAGAUCUAGAACGUAAAAGUUUACAUUUUAUGAAACGAGCAAGACAAUGAAACACAAGCGCAUCUGAAAAUUAGCUUCAUUCGAAAAAUUAUUUACAAAGACAAAAAAAAGGAACAAUUUUCAUUUUUGCUCAAUAUUUAUAUUCAUUUAAAUGAGAGUUAAACUUACCAAAAAAUGAUAAAAAUAGAUGUUUUACUACUUAAGUAUUUCUAUUUAGUUAUGAAACUCUAUUGGUAAAUAUGCAAAUUAUUAAAAAUUCAAUAAAGUUAU